GAAGCCAGUUCCAGACGUACUUCUUCAAACCGCUAACUUCAACAACAACAACAACAGAAUGCCUCCUAGGAGCACGCUGACUCCUUGGAUCGAGAACCUGAUCCUGAGCUACGGGAGCCGGGAUGAGGCGGGCAGCGGCAGCACCGGCGGCCUUCUGCGGGCUCACGUCAUCACCGUGGGUCAGAUGACGGAGUCCCAGGCCCGGGACUUCGACGGUCCCACGGGGCUGAUCUUCCUGUCGGACGGACUGCUCCAGAUUCCCGCCGUGCUCACCGCCUCCGCCUGGGAGCGCCUCCAGGAGCUGGAGGAGCGGGAGUGCUUCCGCAGCCUCCUCAACACCACCGUGCUCAUGCGGGACUACCGGCUGCAGUUCCACAUGGACCCGGAAGUGAGCAGGUGCCGGUUCUUCUUGUCGGUGGGCGAGCUGGCCACGCACUCGGCAGGUCCGGUCAGAGACUGCACGCCCUGCUGCACCAGCCUGGAGUCCGUCAGGACGAAGAUCUGGAGAACGUGGAGGUCCCUGCUGGGCCAGGACUGCUCGCAGCAGCCGUGUAGCCCGGAUGAACUGGACCUGACCGAGCUGCUGGAGGAGUGGCAGCAGGACGUCCUGCAGACGCUGCUGCAGGACGUCAGGGAGAGGCUGGCGGCUCUGCGGAGACCCCAGCCCUCCACCUCUGGCCGCAGCCCGUCUCUGAGCUGCUGCCGCUCCGCCGCCGCCACGGGCUGGGACGCGGACCGGGUCCGGUACAGAGGAGAGCCGAGCUUCAGCGUGCCGGCGAGUUGUCUCCUCAUCCCGGAGGAAGACGCUCGGCGGCUGGAAGCGGAAACCGGAGGCAGUGGUCAGACUGCGGGGGCGGACGCUUCUUCUGCUGAGCAUGCGCAAUCGCAGAUGCCUGAACCUGCAGUUGGACAGACGGAGCAGGAUGCAGGUGGAGGGAUGAUGUCUGAUCCAGGUGGUCCAGGUGGAGGAAUGAUGUCUGAUCCAGGUGGUCCAGGUGGAGGAAUGAUGUCUGAUCCAGGUGGUCCAGGUGGAGGGAUGGAUCCAGGUGGUUCAGGUGGUCCAGGUGGUCCAGGUGGAGGGAUGAUGUCUGACCCAGGUGGAAGGAUGGAUCCAGGUGGUUCAGGUAGAUGGAUGGUGUCUGAUCCAGGUGGAGGGAUGACGUCCGUUCCAGGUGGUCCAGGUGAUCCAGGUGGAGGGAUGGAUCCAGGUGGUCCAGGUGGAGGGAUAAUGUCUGAUCCAGGUGGAAGGAUGGAUCCAGGUGGUUCAGGUAGAUGGAUGACGUCCGUUCCAGGUGGUUCAGGGGAGCGCUCUCCUCCUCUGUUGGAGGACGCCGCUCCUCUUCCGGACCUCACCGCCGGCCUCCUCUCCAACCCUUGGGACAUGUUCCCCCCUCCGGGCGUCUCCUCCUCGACCUCCGACUCCUCUCCAGAACCCACUCCCACCCUGCCUUGCUCGCAGCCUGACCCCGUUGCCGUGGCGACAAGCACCCAGCUCCCCGUCCAAACCCCCACGGCGCCGGCCUCCUGCUCGACCGGCCCGACCCCACCAGAGCCUCCCGCCUCCGAAGUGACGGAGUCGGCCGUCCUGGAAAACCACGGGAGGCCCAAGAGGAAGCUGUGUGACGUCACGGCGGAGGAGCCGGACCUCCGCGGGAGUCCUCCGUCCUGGCUCCUGGGCUCCCGUAGCGGAGAAAGCUCCGCAAACGAGGACGAAGGCGGUCCGAGCGGAUCCGUGCCGAGAAGGACCCCGAGCGUCCACGGCGACGGGACGCCGUUCUCGUACUCAUACCGGGUUCUGGGCCAGAACCUGGAGGACGUCAGCCGGUUCGGAGUGGCUACGUCGCUGCUGCACUGGGCUCUGAGGUACCUGUUAACCCCGGAGCCCGCAGAGCAUCCUCAGAGCGUCGACUGACGGGACCAGAGCACCCCCCCCCCAACCCCAACCCCCAUCAGCAGAGGUGCAGAAAAAUCCACCAAAAGCAAAGUUCCACUUAACGCGUUCAGGGUUCUGGGUGAAAAAGUCCAAAAAAUAACAAAACAAAAAAAAAAAGUUCUCACACACCUGGUGCCUUUUCAAACAGAAGAAGUUGACUUGAUUGUUUGACGCCUUGUCUGCCUCAGAAGAUAAACGUUUUAGAUGCAACAGGCGCUGUUUAAAAAAAAAAAAAGUUCAUUAAAGAUUGAAAAAGGUUCAAUUUAAAGAA